UUUUACAAGCUUGCUCAGACAAGAGGCUGCUCACUCCAGAGUGCUUUGGUGAGGAGAGAGGAGAGCAGAGCGUGCUUUACCGGGAAUGCUGAGCGAGAAUGAUAUAUGGGUCUGGAGGCUCCUUGCAGUACCCCCAAAGAUCCCCAGCCUUACAGACAAACCACACUGAUUCCUUUGAAUGUCGACAAUAUCGAUCAUCCUAAAUCUGUACAAGACAACUGGAUUUCUUCUAUUUUCUGCUGUGUGAAUAAUCAGGAGAGAUGAGAGUUCACUUCUCCACCAGUUGGAUAUUUCAAGGCUGGAUCAUCCAUCUGGUUCUCACUCUGUGUGCACAGAGAGCCCUGUCUAGACCCACCUGUUCCCAGCAGCAGUACCUCAAAGAAAAGAGAUGUUGCAGCAGGUGUGAACCAGGGUCCUAUGUGUUUGCAGAGUGUGCUGGUUACUCUGACACAAAGUGUCGUCCGUGUGGCAGUGAUGAGUACCAGCCUGACUGGACCAACGAGACCAAGUGUCUGCCUCAGAAGUUCUGUGACACAGGUAAGGGCUUUAACCGUGUGAGGCCCAGUAACCGCCUGGCUGCAGUACCCUGUCAGUGUAAACCUGGUUUCCAGUGUUCUCCCAUCAACUGUGAGUUCUGUGAGAAGAUUCCUACCUGUGGACCAGGAUAUGGACUGGAGACUGACACAGAGUCGGGCAGGAGAACUUGUGUUGCGUGCAAGAGAGGACAUUUCUCUCCCAACACCUCUAUGGAACCAUGCAGUCUGUGGACCAAUUGUAACGGUCUGGGGAAGAGUGACAAGCAGACUGGGAGCGACCAGACUGAUGCUGUAUGUGGACCCCAUCUCUCUGGUGCCUCUACCUCCUGGGUCCUACUGUGGGUUCUGUCAGUCAUCACUGUCCUUUGUCUCCUCAUCCUCCUGCUCUACUGCUACAAGGAAAAACUUCGACUACUCUCAGUGAAUUUACGAUCAUGUGUCCAGAAUUUGAAAAGGACCAGGAUACAGCAGGAGACUCUGGCCCCUCUCUACCACAGUGGCGUCGUGGGAGGGGGACUAGAGGGUCAGAGUGGCACUCUGCGUGAGACAACCUGUCUUAUUGGCCUGGCUCACAGCCCCUCAGAAACCCCACACACCUGUCCUACAGCUACACCUGGUGACCGGGUCAAACUGCCACCCACCAAAGAGAUGGAGGAGGAGAGGAGGGAGGAGGAGGAUGAGGGGGUGGGGAGUGAGGGGUCAGGGGAGGCAGAGGAGGUUUCUGAGGAUGGUGUGUCAGAGGAUGUGUGUGUGUCUCCACUGUGGGCUGGCUCCUGUGUGUGUGUGUUGUCUGUCAGGGAACCAUUAGAGGUAGGGGAUAAUGAAGACUGUAGCCAGGCUGUCAACCCUGGAACCCUCGGGACCUGCUCCUGUGGAGGAGAGGGGGAGAGCAAGGGGGGAGAGAAGGAUGAAAGGAAAGAUGGAGGGAGGGAGAGGGCCAAGGUGGUAGAGGGUCUGCAAGUGAAGAGCUCUGAGAGGAGCAGCCAUACCUCCUCCCCCUUCUCCCUCUCUCCCACCUCCUCCUCUCUCUCCCCCGCUGACCAUUCAUGUGACCUCUACCCACCGCUGACCCAAGUCAGGUCAGAGGUCAAAGGUCAGCUUAUUGACAGCUCACAGAGGAAAGGGGAGGAGCUAUACAGACUGAACUGCAGCAUAAGCUCCACCCUCACCACAAAAGCCACGCCCCCUUUGACCUCCGCAAUAUCUCCUUACCCCUCGGUGACCUCUGUAACUGUGGGUGACCGGCAGUCCGAGCUGACCUCUGAAGCCUCCAGCAGUGAGCAAAACCAGGGACUUUCUUGGAGGGACAUUGGGGGAAACAAGCUCUCGUCUGGGGGCUCGGAGCUGGAUUGUGCCCCUGAGAGCCUCCAGAGUCAACUCACGGAACCAGCACUCACCUCAGGUCAGGUGACAGGGAACAACAACACCACCUUUAUCUCUAGUGGUCAGGUGAUGAACUUCAACGCUGACGUCAUCGUCGUCUACGUCAGCCAGACGUCUCUAGGCAACGAGGGGGAGGGGCCAGACGAUGCGUUCGGAAGCCCCGUUCAGGAACAGGCCAAUGAGAGAGCUCCGAUGUUCCAGAGUUCCAUCUCCUCCAAAAGUGUCAGCCAUUCGUCAGUGGCGUCCUCAGUAAACUCCAUUACCCAUAACCCCCUACGGCAGGAGGACAACCUGCCGGUUCAGGAAGUGACUGAUCAGUGGCCGAGAGAGAAUUGAAACAUGAAAAUGGUGGAUAGUGUACCAUUAAACCACGAGAGGAGCGAAGCCUGUCCAAAACCUACUGCUACGACCUACUCCAAACAAUCGUCCACGGUCUUCCUGGGUAGGGGUUAAUUAUUGGAACUGGGCCAUAGACUUGGACCUGGAGGACUGUGAUCCUCAUCUGCCCUUGUGGUUGUUUCUCAAUAGUCUCAUGUAGAGCUUUGGCAGUCAUGAAAUUUUGUCAGCUGGUGAUUGUCAAGCAAAUAACUGCCUGUCUCACGGUAAUUGACUGUUAAUUAACAUAAACACAUUCAGCAUCUCCUGGCUUCCACUUCCUACAAGACACUGAUGCAGACCUUUAAAAAUGGAAUAAAUCCAUGUAAUAUAGCCUAAACCAUCACAGUAAAUCCAGUAUUUAUUUUUGAGUGUUCUAAAGAAACACGAUAUGAAGAAAAUGUAGUCUAUUUCAGAAGAACAGAAUAGCAUAGUCUGAGUUGUCCUUAUGUUAGGUCCUGACCUGGGUAUGCCAUAUGUCUGUGGGCUACACUAGUUCAUUUAGCAGACAAGAUUUGUUUAGAAUUCCGUGGCAUCAUUUUAUAUUUUAUAAUAUGAAGAAUAUAAUUGAACAAUGGGCUAAUGGAACAAAGCUGAAUAAUAAUAACAUGGUGCUAUUCUGUGUUGAGAGGUUAACAAAGAAUCAGAUAUGCUCUCAUAUGCUUCAUUUAGAGUUAUUUGUGUAACUUUAGUUGUGAUACAAAUGUUGGGCUAUAUGUAUUGAUUUCUAAUACAUUUUAAGGCUGCAUGAUGCGACUCUAAUGAUGAUUUGAAAAAAAGUUGCAUUAAAGGCAUGAGCUCUGCUUUGUUUUUCUGUGCAGGAUGUACACACUUCAUCAGUCUCUCAUUCACAAUUUGACAAGCACUUGAUAAUUCCUCGAAAUUCCCGGCUACAUGCCCUUUGUGUGGCCUUAAUGCCCCCUAAAUGAAUCCAUGCCCUUUGUGUGACCUUAAUGCCCCCUAAAUGAAUCCAUCCCCUUUGUUUAACCUUAAUGCCCUCUAAAUGAAUCCAUGCCCUUUGUGUGGCCUUAAUGCCCCCUAAAUGAAUCCAUGCCCUUUGUGUGACCUUAAUGCUCCUAAAUGAAUCCAUGCCCUUUGUGUGACCAUAAUGCCCCCUAAAUUAAUCCAUGCCCUUUGUGUGGCCGUAAUGCCCCCUAAAUGAAUCCAUGCCCUUUGUGUGACCAUAAUGCCCCCUAAAUUAAUCCAUGCCCUUUGUGUGGCCUUAAUGCCCUCUAAAUGAAUCCAUGCCCUUUGUGUGACCAUAAUGCCCCUAAAUGAAUCCAUGCCCUUUGUGUGGCCGUAAUGCCCCCUAAAUGAAUCCAUCCCCUUUGCAGCCAGUGGGCAUUGUGGGCAUCUACACUAAUUGAAGUGGAUUUAACAAGUGACAUCAAUAAGGGAUCACAGGUUCCACCCAGACUCACCUGGUCAGUCUAUUUCAUGGAAGGAACAGGUGUUCUUAAUGUUUUGUGGACUCAGUGUAUAAUAUACAUGUAAAUGUUUGUUUUUUAAACCGUUUUUUAUGCUGUCAGGUGUAGGACUAAUGAAGAAAUCUCUGGAACCAAAUACCUUAUUGUCUUACUACAAAAACCAUGGAAGUGGUUUGGUGAUCCACACUCUUGUGAGUAACCGUGUUUAAAAAGACUGGUGUUAGCUUUAGCUCAGAGGGGUAACAAUCUUGUGCCCAGCAGGAGACCUAGGAUUCACCCACCAAGAUAAUUAAGCACCUACUCAUGAUUUAUUAUUGACCUUCCUUAAGAACUGAGAGUUUGUUAAUCUGGCUCCACAAGUCCAGGUCUGAAACCAGGUAUUCAAUAGCUAACUAAUCAAAUAUAGCUUUCAGGAGUUGAAAGUGGAAACUUUUAACUUGUUCAUAUCUGUAAAUAAAAUGUACAUAUUGAUUCAAAUCAAAUUGCAAUAAAUGACAGAACUGUUUUGAUAAAAA